AUGAGCUUCCCAGGAAUGAACAAACCCGGCGGCCUCGCAGCCGGCGGGAUGAGCGAGCAAGAGCAGGCGAUGGUGAAGAAUAUACAAGCGGCCAUGGAGUCGUGUCCGGUCAAAGCCGUCAUGGCUGGGGGAAUGGGCUUCGCUUUGGGCGGAGCUUUUGGUCUCUUCAUGAGCAGCAUGUCGUACGAUACACCUCUCACCCCCCAGGGACGUGAAAUAUCCAGCCUUCCGGUGCGCGAACAGCUACGACGGGGAUUCAAGGACAUGGGCAGUCGGUCGUUUAGCUCCGCCAAAAACUUCGCCAUUGUGGGCGCCCUGUUCAGCGGCACGGAAUGUUGCAUCGAAGGACUGCGCGCGAAGAACGACCUGACGAACGGCGUCGUUGCCGGGUGCAUCACGGGCGGUAUCCUGGGCGCCAAAGCCGGGCCCCAAGCCGCCGCGUUGGGAUGUGCCGGCUUUGCGGCCUUCAGCGCUGCCAUCGAUGCAUACAUGCGGCAGCCGUCCGACUGA